UGUGAGCGCGAGGCCAUGGCGGGGGAGGCGUACAUGGGGCAGCUCCUCGCGCACCCGCUCCUCACCAAGGCAGUCACCUCCGGCGUGCUCGCCGGAUGCAGCGAUGCCAUCGCCCAGAAGAUCGCCGGCGCUAAGAAGCUCCAGCUCAGAAGGCUCCUUCUCAUAACGCUCUAUGGAUUUGCGUACGCGGGGCCAUUUGGCCACUUCUUCCACAAGCUUAUGGACUGGAUUUUCAAGGGGAACAAAGGAAGAGAAACUGCAGCCAAUAAGGCACUUGUCUUGUAUCUUGCUAUUUUGUCAUGAAUAAUGCUGAUCUUAUGCAGCUCAAUUAAUUACAUGGUACCUCUUGCACUAUAUAUGCAGGUCAUAGUGGAGCAGCUAACUGCAUCACCACUGAACAACUUGCUGUUCAUGGUAUAUUAUGGUUUGGUGGUCGAAGGGAGGCCAUAUGAGCAAGUAAAGAGCAAGAUCAAGAACAACUACGCCAACAUCCAGUUGACAUCUUGGAAGUUCCGACCAAUCGUUAGCUGGAUCAACUACGAGUACGUGCCGCUCCAGCACCGAGUUCUCUUCGCCAGCUCGGUCGCAUCAUGCUGGGCAGUGUUUCUGAACCUGAAAGCAGCAAGAUCAUCCUCGUUGCCGGCCACUAGCAAGAAUGCAUAAAGGAGGAAGGGCUACUCUGGUAGGGUGCAGUAGCGCUGCAAUAUAUAUCUUGGCUUAGCCACUAGUGUUUCGAUCAUUUUGUUUCCUUUCAUCACUUGAUUUGUAUGUGAACCACUUGGCUUCAAAAACAUUCUUGAUUCCAACUUUCACGAGGAGAGGACAGCAGCUGUCUCAAAACUCCACCAUCCAUGCAUCAUGCAUCCACGCAGGGAAUAUAUGCUUACCUAGCCAGUUGUUCAGUAAAAA